AUGACUAUAGUAGAGGUAAGCGACAAAUAUGUAGUAGUAAACGGAUGGCUGGUGGACAGGAAAGAAAAAAAGGUGGUCAACCCCUCAUGGCGAAGCCGAAGAAAACUAUCAAAACAGCGCCAAAAUGUUAUUCUGGACCAGGACUUGAGUGCUUGGGAUAGAUAUCUGACUUCUGAAAGUGUUAUACUGCCAGUAGCAGACCCCGAACUAUUCAGUUUCAUACAGGUGAGGCCAUAUGAUUUCGCAGAAUUGCGAGACGGGAAAACCGUCGCCCAAUCAAAGGAACUCUACAGGCGGAAUCCUGGAAGUGUGAGAAGAUCUUUCACCCUGCAGUGCCAUAGAGUAAAUAUACGUGCCAGAAAGCACAAAUACAUACGACUAUCAGUGUUAGCGCAGAGUGUAGAUAUGCUUGACGCAGGUGUCGAUUUACACUUGGACAAAGAUAACAGUGUUCUUUCCCGCGUUAUUAAGGUGCGUGAGUUUACUUUUUCUGAGGAAGAUUACGAGGUAUUGCGAGAGUUCCGUGAAAUGAAGACCGCUUACGUUGUUUUUGGACAGAAUUAUCUGAACUUCGCAUACCUGAAGGCGGAGCACAGUGCCUCUAACUAUUUGAACAUAGACAUGAAGGAUGGUAUUACGUCGAUGGUAAAGAAGUUUGCUCCGAGCACGAUAAACCAGUAUGGGGUGACACUCGCGCCGUAUUUAUUUCUUCUGUUCAACGCCUGGCGCCUGUCUUGUUUCGCGGAGCAUGCUUUUCUUCCUCAUAGGGUUAUCGAAAUGCUAACACAUGAUCCUGAAAGACAGGAUACCAUUGUUUACAAGAUGAAAGCCCUCGGAAGAUGUUUCGAUAACUGUCUUCGGGAGAACAUUUACCGUGAAUAUUUGGCUCGCUGGGUAAGAAUGUGCGCGUUCAACUUUCCAGUGUGGGACCGUACUGAUGUCCCGUGUCCGGAGAACACAGUGACUAAGGCGCGACGGAUCAUGGAUACGAUAAGGUGCCUGAUAGUUUUCACAUGCUUUGCCACUACAGAAAAUGUGUCUGAGACCGCCUACUGGCUUGCAAGUCGCAACUAUCUCUCUGUGAUUAACUAUUGGGGGUGGUUCAGACGUUUGUACCAUAAGGUUGCUAAAGAAGAAGGAAUUGAGGCCACGGUGCGAGUGACGGUGAAUCCUGAUGAGCGGGCUGUACGUGUGGAGGGUAAAUUGAUCUCAUUCGAAUAUGUAGCUCAGAUGAAAAGUGACUUGAACAGGGACCUCGAGGCACAUGUGGAGGAACUGCACCGGUGGCUGGAGUUCGGAAGUGUGUCCGACGUAUACAUGACUGUAAUGGCGAAUAGGAGUAUAUGUGUGGUAGAAAACCUUUCUGGACAGGACUCCGUGUUCAAUGUAAUAGGUGCGGAGGCUGUCAGUGGGUAUACCAUGCGAUUUCGAGAGCAGGCAAGUGCGCAGAAUGAGCAGGUCCGCGCCAGUAUACUAAAGCUCGUCAACACUAUAACAAAACUCUUGAUGUUGGCAGUCUGGAUCAAUCCCGGUCUGGCGCUUAGAUUUCCGGAACUGAGCAUCAUUAGUUUUGGCGGUUCGCACCGAAACCUGUACUUUGAUUCCGACGAUCGCGUGUUCAUCAUUCGGUCAAGGUAUAACAAAAACACAAAAUACGACACCCGCUUGCUAUUUCUGGAUACAAGAGUGUCUGCACAGCUAUUCUGGUUUAUUUAUAUCCUGCGGCCGUUCACAAUAGUACUUUUGGGUGACGACAUCUCUAAAAUCAAUAUAUCUGCCAUCAUGGGUGCCCUCACACCUCAGGAGCCGCUUACAGAUACGCAUGACACUGAAGAAGAAGUGGAGGACAUAAACUUUAACGCCGAGCUGUAUUAUCACCAAAUGGAGCUACGAAACCGCCUAAAUAAUGCAUCGCCACAGACGAUUGGCAAUGCUAUUUUCAAGAGUAUGGUCUUUCUGGACGUAAGGAAGUUGGUGUUGGUGCAUCGGUCAACGUUUUCGAACAUGCUUCUCAAGUAUCCGACAGCGACAGCAAUGAGAGAGAGCCAUAGGAUACGGUCGAUGCGACAUGGUUUGUCGGCUCUGUGGAAGCAUUUCAUUGCGGGGCAGCUGUACGACCAGUCCCUGGAACUGGGACAGGCGGUUGCUCGUGGGUUUGGACAUUCAGUGUCGGUGGAUGCUGCAGUGUACGGGUUUGAUAACUCACGUACCGUUGGUCCAGGGGAGGUCCCGUUUGUCUCAGCAAAAAAGUUGUGUCAAAUUUUCCAGAAAUUAACACAGAAUGGCCCUCUCAUCACUGACACGGCUUGCACAAGUAGCGCUGCAUCUGAACCGGAUGAAGGGACGAUUGGUGACUACACCAAUCUAUGCGAGGCAGGGUCAGGUAUUAUCAGCGGAUUCAAGUUCAGGUCGGUGGAGCAGGAGAGGUUUACGAAUAUGAUAUUGACAGGUGACAGAAAUGUGCUGGCGCUUCAGGCACCAACAGGUUUUGGCAAAACCAUGACUUUUGUGUUACCAAUGCUCGUUUUAAAGCGCACACGACCCGGAAAAUACGUGCACUUUGUAGCUGUACCAUAUGUGUCACUCAAAAUAGCAACCAUGCAGAGACUAGAAGAAGUGGGACUUGCGGUUGCAGAUCUGAAAUUACUAGGUUCAGCGGAGUGGAAAAGUAAGCUGAAAAAUACAGAUGUGCUAGUAGGUACAUUUGAUAUGUUUGGGACGCACGCGACAUUUUCCUCCAUCAACGGGUGGCAGGAAGAACUGAUGUGCGUACGGCAGAAGGGGUACUUUAUUCUCGAUGAAGCACACGCACUGUGGCUAGAGCAGGAUUUCAGGGAGGAAUUAAGAGAGAUACACUCACUGCGAUGGAGGGAGUUUCUUAAGAUAGUUUUUAUAAGUGCUACGCUUCCGGCAUGGCUGAUGGACGAGCUGUGCCAGCAAUUGAAUCUAUCACGGUACAUGGUGAGGAAUGCGCGAUGGACGAACGCUGUACACCAGGUGCCCAACCAGAAAGUGCUGAAGGAAGUGACACUUGUUCCGCAGAAGGAGUUUGGAGGAGCAAUCGAGCAGCGUGUGAACAGUUAUCUGCUGGGUACUGCUACAGGCAAGGCGAUCAUUUUCUUCAGCAACAAGGCGCGGAUGCGUCACUGCUACGCGCGGUGGAAGAAGGUAGCGGCAGUGGCGGCGGUUGAUUCGGAGAUGGCGGACCGGGUGAAGCUCUCGGUAUUUCGCGAGUUCGAGUCGGCAUCGAGUCCAGUGUGCGUGAUCAUGGGGACCAAGCUGAUAUCGAACGGUCUUGAUUGCAAUGCGGUGGACUAUGUGUGUCUGGCAGACUGUGAUGUGGAUGUGAUAGACUUUUUACAGAUGGUUGGACGGAUCAGGGGCAGUGGGUACCUCGAGGUGGUUCGGAUAGCUGGAAAGAAAAAGGAGUUCAGGGAUGCAGUUGCACACGAGGACUUGCGGGAUGUGAACUGGAGCAAGUGUAUAACGGAAACAGUGGCGUCGUUCUACUCGGUGCCAGCACCAGACCACCAGCUGUGUUGCAACUCGUGGGAGGAGCAAAGUUGUCCGAGGGAGAUUGGCGAAGUGCGCAGGAUUGUCCAUAGUGUAAGGUUAAACGUCCCUUCGGAAGAGGAGGGAGAUGAGGAGGAGGAUCAAGGUCAUUCGCGGAUGUUUGACUUUAUUCUCGACAACAUCCAAAAUAAAACUACAGGGCUGUAUGCGAGCGAGUUGCGUACGUUAUUGUUCGAUAGCACAUCGGCAGACCUGCCCAGAAUGAAGGAUCUGAUAUACGGGGUGCCAGCUGACCACAUACUCACAGCUGCGGAAAUGAACCUAUCGGAGAGUGUUUGUCGGACCUGUUUCAUGUCGAACGAGUAUUGCCAGUGUGAGACGUUUGGGAAGCACAUGGGAAAAAUCAUCCUGGAGGCACUUGCUCUUCUUCGACUUGUCUCGGCACGGCAAAAUAUGAGACACCUCUUUAAUUUUGCGCAGCUGGGGCGAGGACAUAACAUCGUGCAACAUGUGCUGCGGCAGAAGGCGGUGUGGAGCAGACUAUAUGAGGAAGCGAUGGAAUCCGAAUACACGGAGACGAUUGAGGGGAUUACAUGCAACGACGACGUGACGUCAAGAGCAUUGUUGCAAUGGGCAUACUUUUGGCACGCAGUGGUCCGGUCGAAAGCAAACGUGGCGACGUUAGUGUUUGAAGGUCGACUAUCGAAACCAUUCGGAAUUGAUAUGGAGUAG